GUGAAGCUUUAAAGCCCCAUCAUCAUGCAUGUAUUAUCUGUACUGGCUCAGGAAUGUCCCCACAGUCGUCUUAUGCCAUUAGGCAGAAUGCUGAUCUAAGCACAGGGCAUACAUCAACAUUUAUAUGUACCCAGCCAAUGAAGUCUAUGGAACCUAACCUCUCAUUUAUCUUUUGCAGUUGUGAUACAAGCUGUUUGACAGGAGGGCUCCCUCCACCCAUCAUUUUGUAUAGUGAGGUUGGACUGUGACCUUGCCGUGGAAAUGCAGCUCAACAGAAGAUAUUUCAAAACACACCUUGAUUACCUCCCACUACCUAACUCUGCACUGUAUGAAUGUGAAGAGUCCUAAGGCAGUCACAUCUUCAGAGCGCUUCAAGGACACUACACCUCUGGGGCUGGUUGGGAGCCAAGAGAGAACUAGGAUUCACAAAUACUUUACUGCUACAUCUGCUUCUCCAUAUGAUGGCACCAUGUGUGAAGCAUCUUCUGAACUGCAAGCGGUUUUUCAUUCUUUUGGUAACUCCCCUGUUGUUGUUACCACUACCCCUUGUUAUCCGUACAAAGGAAGCCAGUUGUGCCUACUCAAUAAUCCUCAUGGCUGUGUACUGGUGUACUGAGGUCAUACCCCUUUCGGUCACUGCUCUGCUGCCGGUCCUGUUGUUCCCAAUGUUUGGCAUUCUGGAGUCAAAGCAGGUUUGCAUGCAGUACCUGACGGACACUAACAUGUUGUUUGUUGGAGGCCUAAUCGUAGCAGUGGCUGUGGAGCACUGGAACCUACAUAAGAGAAUUGCAUUGAAGGUUCUGCUCAUUGUUGGAGUUAGACCUCCCUUAUUAAUGUUGGGGUUCAUGGGAGUCACCGCCUUUCUGUCUAUGUGGAUUAGCAAUACAGCAACCACAGCCAUGAUGGUCCCUAUUGUUCAAGCAGUUUUAAGUCAGCUUAAUAAUACCAAGCAGGACCCUUCCAUUUUGGAUCCAGACGGACAAACAAAUUCAGAAAUGCAACUAGAUGAGAAGAAUACCAUCCCCAUGACCAAUGUGCAAGGCCAAUCUGAUUUUAUGGAUAAAAAGAAUAUCAUCCCCUUGACUGAUGUGCAUGUUGUGGCCAAUGGACAUACACAAGACAUUUCCUUAGAAGCUAAAGAAAAAAAAGAGAAGAAAUUAAUGAACAAGGGCAUGAUGCUGUGUGUAUGCUAUGCAGCCAGUAUUGGAGGGACAGCCACAUUAACAGGAACUGGGCCAAACCUUGUGCUGAAAGGACAGUUUAGCUCCAUAUUUCCGGACAAUGGAGAUAUUCUUAAUUUUGCAUCUUGGUUUGGAUUUGCCUUUCCCAACAUGAUAGUGAUGUUGUCUAUAGCUUGGCUCUGGCUCCAGUUCUCAUUCAUGGGAAUGAACUUUAAGAAGACAUGGGGCUGUGGCACCACCAGGUCAGAGAAGGAACGCGCAGCUUAUAACGUGAUCCGGGAAGAAUACCGCAAGCUGGGUCCUAUAUCCUUUGCAGAGUCUAAUGUCCUUCUGCUCUUUACUCUUCUGGUCAUCCUCUGGUUUACAAGAGAUCCAGGCUUUGUGAAAGGUUGGGCUACUGUGCUCUUCAAUAAAGGCAACAUUGAGUAUGUAACAGAUGCCACGGUUGCAAUCUUUAUAGCUGUCCUUCUUUUUAUUCUACCAGCAAAAAGACCCAAGUUUUCAUGUCACAAACAAAACAGCUUUGAUCUUGAAGAUCCAGAAGAAGAGAAUGAGUCAUUUAUGUCUGCACCACUACUGACAUGGAAAGUGGUUCAUAAGAAGAUGCCCUGGAGUAUUGUACUUCUUCUAGGUGGAGGCUUUGCCUUGGCCAAAGGGAGUGAUGCCUCAGGACUGUCAUCUUGGCUGGGUGAACAGAUGACGUUUUUGCAUAGCAUUCCAGCAUGGGCCAUUGCCAUCAUCUUGUCUUUGUUGAUUGCCGUAUUUACCGAAUGUGCCAGCAAUGUUGCCACAGCAACCCUCUUUCUCCCAAUUCUUGCCUCCAUGGCAAAAUCAAUCAUGGUAAACCCACUAUACAUCAUGAUCCCUUGCACUCUCAGCACUUCCUUUGCUUUUAUGUUACCUGUGGCCACACCACCAAAUGCCAUUGUCUUCUCAUAUGGACAUCUUCGUGUGUUGGAUAUGGUGAAAACUGGCAUCAUGAUGAAUGUCAUUGGUGUCGUAUGCACCACCAUAGCUAUCAACAGCUGGGGCCGACCCAUGUUUCAUUUGGAUACUUUCCCAAUCUGGGCCAACAGUACAGAUGGAAAUUGAUGAAUAUUCAUUUUAAAUGAAGUCACAGACAAGCCCACAAGACUCAUGAAGAACAAUGAAAACUUGCGAAUGAAAUGUCGGUCAUGGAUACAUUAAUCAUAAACCCCUUACCAAAUCAAGAGCAGACGCGACUGAUCAAAGGAGAUUACAUAAACUGACUUCAGUGUCGGACAUUUAACAACACAAAUGUCCCUUUUUGUGAAUACUUAUUUUACACAAGUUGUUGUUAAUUAUUUAGGUUUCCCCUGUAUGGUGAUUAGUAUUAGAAUUUACUGUAAUAGUGAAGUCAUAUGGACCUGUCAGUGGCUUAUAAUAGGGAUGAGCAAACGUGUACUUUCAAGUUCGGUGUACGGGUUCGGGUUAUCUAAGAAUCCCGUUAUGGAUUCGGCUACCACAGACCAUAACGGAAUUUUAUGAUGGCAUGCACCACAGAAGCAUCCUGUAUUGCUGGCCAUAGACUUUUAUUAUGAAGGAUGCAAUACGGAAUGCCUCUUAUAGGCUUCCGUGGUGCAUGCCAUCAUAGAAUUCCCUUAUGGUCUGUGGUAGCGGAAUCCAUAACAGGAUUCUUAGAUAACCCAAACCUGUACACCGAUCUCGAAAAUACAAGUUCGCUCAUCCCUAGCUUACAACAAAGGCAACCAACGUAUCGGCUAGUUGGUCAUCUGUUGUUAUCUGUCUUAUUUUAAUGAGUGUGGGAUUUAGUUGUCUUAUAGUUGUAGCCCAUUUUGCGAGACUCUCACACGUGGCAAUGCCCCUUCUGUGAAAGGUGGAGCAUAGACAACUGGAUAAUUUUGUGGAAAUCAGUUCUUCUCCAUCUGAUAUUUACUGCCCAGUUUAAUGGGUCUGAAGUAUCCAGUUAUGUAUAUAUACUGUAGAUGUAAAUUAGCACUCUCUUAGUAUUAUUCUCCAGUAUUUAAUACAGACUUCAGAUGACUAUUAAUAUGACCAUGAACAGUGUGUUGUUUUUUUUAUUUUAAGAAAAUUCUACAGUUAAUUUAGUAAAAUUGUAUAAACUAUCUAUACAGUGUUCAGAGACAAAUGAGUUUCUGCUUUUUUAGAUGUUUCCAUACUUGGUCAUAACUGUUCUUUAAAGUAAGUGCAGCACAGUACCAGUACUCACUAUAGUGAGCAAUCAUUUUAGUUUCACAUAUGUUUAAUUAAUAGUAAUCUUGUAGAAAGGAACUCACCUGCUCCCUACUGCUCCUUUCGAUCACCGAGCGUCUAGUCUGGCUACUUCUGGCCACAAGGUCAGAAGUAGGGAUGAUGUUUCCCCAAGCAGCAUGUGAUCCCAUCCAGAGGUUUGCAUACCAGGGACCAGAAAGAAGCCACACCAGACCCUCAGUGCAGAAACGGAGAAGAGGUUACAUUAGUUACAGUGAUGUUCAUGGUCUGGAACGCCAAGUGAUCUCCAUCCCUGUAGAGCCCAUGCACCGAACAAACUCACUUGAAACUACAGGGCAAGUACAUUAUGUCUUCACUGCCUGGCCCUGUCAGUCACUGGUUGGGGGCAUGACAUGAAUGGCAGUGAGCAGAGCCUCUAGGAGCAACAAGGUGCAAAGGCACAGUCGUCUUUGCUCCUAGGAGCUCAUUUGCAUAUUAUAAAACAUUAAUCUUCUCAAAAAUGCAGGCGCCCAAAAAUAUGGGAUCCAGACCAUGAUCUUCAACUGUCAAUUGCACAUGUCUCAGUUGAGACAGUUUUAUUGUGAUGUAUCUGAUGAUCUAUGUCUGUUCUAUGCUGAAAGAAUAAAUGAACUACCAAAUGA